CAUCUAAGUGUAUUUUGGCUUGACAUAGAAGUUUCCACGUUCUGAUUUAUUUUGGUUCUAUUUAGGCCUAGAGAAGUUUCAAGUUUGGCUUCUAAAAAAUAUGUAACCGAGUUUAGAACCAAACUGAAGAAUGGCAGCAGGAGGUGGAAGCAAGGAGCUUAAAGCUCCUAUCAAGAGAGCUAAAGAAGCCAUCAAAGUAAAGGAUUAUCAGCAGGCUUUAGAACAUUCGAAACAUGCUUUGAGUGUGGAUCCUAAGCAUUACAAUGCCUUGAUAUUUCUUGGUAAGUCUACCACUGAGCUUGGACAGGGAGAUGAAGCAGAGAAAGCAUAUAAGAAAGCAGCAGACAUAGAUCCCAAGCAGACUCUAGCAUGGCAGGGACUGGCUGCACUCUAUGAGAAGAUCGAUACCCCCCAAAACUCAGAAAACCUUGUGGAUGUGUAUCAGGAGCUUAUGAAACUAUCAGAUGAUAAGACAAAAGAAACUCAGAUUGCUGAAAAACUAGCAGACCUCUAUCAAAAACUUAGCAAACCUUUGCAGGCAUGUGAAGUCCUCCAUUCCUUGAUCUUGAAAUCUGAAGACAAUGAAUACAAGAUUGAGAAGUGGAGCAAGAUAAUACAACUCCUAUCAAAACAGGCAUCACUUGACGAGAGCAAUACCAACCUGCUAAAGGAAGCAUAUACUGUGGUCAUGGAGUCAGGCAACAUUGAAAAUGAAUCACUGAGAGAGCUCUACAAGGGAUACAUUGACUUACAAUUUAAGGACAGGGAAGUUGAUGUAGGUGCGCUAAAGGCAACAUGUUCUAAGAUGUGUGAAAAGUUUCCAUCAGAGAUAUAUCCCCUGGAGAAAAUGACAGAAAUGACUCUGAUUGAAACAUUUGCAUUGAAGACAUCUGAUGACUGGUCAGUCUAUGGUCAGUUACUAGAACUGGAUAAGGACAAUGUAUGGGCCGUGAUUGGUCAAGGUCAACUUAAACUGACCAGUGGAGAUUACAAGGCAGCUAAGGAGUAUCUCACAAAUGCAUCACAAAAGCUACCCGGCUUUCCACUUAGUUGGCUAUUCUUGGCUCGGUGCCAACUCAGUCUCCAUGAUUACCAAGCAGCCGAACAUUCAGCUGAACAGGGUAGAAGAGCUCUGAAGACCUUCAAGCAUCCAGCACUCAGUGAGGCAGUAAGAUUGCAUGAAGCAUUCAGAAUUCUCCAGGGAAAAGCUUGCAUCGACUCGGGCCUUAUGGCACAGGGCCUAAGGGCUGUAGAAAUAUUUAAAAAGCUGUUACCUGAGGCUAUCGAUAAGGACUCCAUAUACAAGCCGUUAACCUUGGCACAUCUUCUUGUAGGGGACUUGGCGAGUGCACAGCAGAGCUUUGAGAUGAUAUCUUCUGAUCAAGACCAAAGUGAUACUAUAGCUUUAGGUGGCUGGUUGAAGUUUCAUCAAGGGGAAUUUUCUGAUGCCCAGGAGAAAUUACAGGUGGCUCUAGCUCGGGAAGAGAAGGCAGUCUACCAUUACUGGCUUGGCAGAGUGUACUGGGCUUUGGGAGGUCAAGCACAGCUAGAUAAAUCUAAAUGCAAUUCAUCCCUACUCAAGGCUGCCAAACUUGACCCCAACUACUCAGAUUCCUUCCUUUACAUUGGACAUUACUACAUGCAGAUAGGCAAAGAUACAGUGAGAGCGAAACGUUGUUACAAAAAAGCCUAUGAUUUGAAUCCCGCUAAUGAAGCUGCAGCUAAAUCCCUGGGUGAUGUGUGUGACUUACUUGAUGAAAAGGAUGAAGCUAUUUCUGUCUACACAAAAGUGACCAGUCGGGCUGCUCUGGGUGAGGCAAAGUGGGCGUGGCUAAGAUUAGGUCUUGUUCAACUCAAAGCAGGCAAUGCGACAGAAGCUGUAGAAAGCUUUCAAGCAGUUCUGAGAGCUGAUCCUGAUGACAUACACUGUCAGGAAUGCCUUGCUGAAGCUUAUUUGAGCCGAGGCAGCCACACUGCUGCAUUAAAAACAUUCUCUCGCAUUGUAGAGGUGGAACCAAAUUCAACAUAUGCUUUAUUCAAGAUUGGUCACAUCAAGCAGACUGUUGGUCUUUACUCUGAGGCAGUGUCGGACUAUCAGGCCGUCCUCAGCAAAACACCUGACUAUGUCCCAGCGCUGAGUGGCCAAGGUGAGGCAUACAUCUUAAUGGCCAAGGCUGCUCUUCAUGAGUUCUUCAAUGCCAGAUGUGUUUCUUACAUCCAGGAUGCGAUCACAGUCUUGACAAGAGCUGUACUACUUCGUUCUGAUAUCUGUGGCUUGUGGAAACUGUUGGGAGACGCAUGCACUGUGCUAGCUCCACUACACAACAAUCUCAUCAGGAUUUCAGUGAAUGGUGCUUUUACCUGUGGAGACGAGAAGAAAAUUGAAACUUUAGACAAAGGAGAACUGCUUGCCCUGGGUGGGAGGUGUUAUGGUCGAGCUGUAGAGAGGCAGAAGGGGUGUGCUAGCUUGUGGCAUGAUCUAGGCAUCAACUUCUAUCAUCAGUAUCAGUACACUCAGGAUGUGAAAAUGGCAAAUAAAGCAUUGCAGUUUAUCCGGAAAGCCAUCAAGCUAGAUGAAUCUAAUCACAUGCACUGGACUGCAUUGGGUGUUGUUGCAGCAUCAAAAGCUGUUGACGACCCAAAACUUGCACAACAUGCCUUCAUCAAAUCAAUUCAAUUAGAAUCAAAGAAUGUUGUAGCUUGGACCAACCUAGGAACCUUGUACCUAUCCCAUGGGAACCUAAAGCUUGCUAAUGAAGCCUUCGCUGUUGCCCAGUCUUUGGAACCGAACUAUGUGCAAUGCUGGAUUGGACAGAGCAUGCUAGCUGAGACGUUAGGGAGCCAAGAAGCCAUGGACCUCUACAGACAUACCACAGAGUUAACUACACAUGUUGAAGGUGGCCUUGGCUAUGCUGAUUUGGUGUGUAGUGCACUCCUAGACCCAUCACUCAACAAGGAUUCUGAGGUGUACAGAUACAAUGUGAUUCAGAUGGCUGCCAUUCCCGCUGCUGAUGCCGCAAUAGGCAAAGUUGCAGAUCGUCUCCAGAUUAGUGGAGAAGCUCACACUUUACAUGGAAUAUUACAAGAAAGACAAGGUCUACAUCGAGCUGCAGAAGUGUCCUAUAAACAAGCACUAGAGGUGGUAAAGACUCAGGGAGAUGCGAAGCAGAUCAACAUCGCCUUGUCUAAUCAUGGUAGAGCUUUGAACUCCAUUGGUAAAGCAGAGGAAGCCAGAGAUACCUUACGUUCUAUCAGUCCUCUGGUUGAUAUUCAAGACAUCCUUCAGCUUGCUCUGGCCCUCUAUCGGAACAAGGAAUGGCAGGAAGCCUAUAUGGCUUAUGAGCAAGCAUUGCAGUUAGUUUCUUCUGACGUUGAGAGAUCUCAGAUCCUGACAGCUCUUGCCAUGGUGUCCUGCCAAUCUGGAGAUCUUGCCACUGCUAAAACCUUGCUCUUUCAAAGUUCCCAGCUGUCGUCCCCCUGUCGUGAAGGGCUAGUAGCACUGAGUGCCCUGGGACUGCAGACCCAGGAUAUGGUCCUCACCAAUGCAGCCCUGGCUGAGCUUGCCAAGCAGCCUAACCAACAGGACCUGGUCCACCAAACAACGGUCCUGGCCUCCGCUGCUCAUUACUUGCAGGGUGAUUUACCAGCAAUGUCUAAACACCUCAUGAAAGCAGUUAAAGAUUAUCCCAAUGACAAUCAGUUAUGGAAUCUGGCAGCAGAACUGAUGCUACUGCUUGAUGCUACAAAUGUGGAGUUUACAUUGACCUGUUCAGAAAAGGCAAGGCUUCUAGUACCUACCCACAAGAAUGUUCUUCAAGUCAAUGCUGCAGCAAAACUUUGCUCUGGUUGCCAUGGUAACCCUUCCAGAGGUCGUCUUUCUCCCAGCUUGAUCGCAGCACAGAAGGCUGUCCAUGCCAUGCCAGGUGAUAUGAAUAAUUGGGCCCUUCUUGGAGCUGCUUGUUCUGCUCAGACAACAUACCAACAUGUCCACCAAGACAAGUGGAAUCUGAUAGAUGUCAAUCUUCAAGUGGCCAAAUUCCUCUUGCAAACAAGUCAAGCAGAUUCUAAGCUAGCUGCAUGGGUGUCUCUUCACAAUGUAUUCUGCUUGUUACAGAGCCAACAAUGGAAGGAAGCGAAGGAUCUAUCACAAAGGUUCCUUGAAUGGUGUAACUAUGGAAAGGAGACCAGUGAUGACCUUAUGCUACUACAUACCCUGAGUGACUGGAUGGCGACAGGAAAGAAGUCUAAUCUCAAAACACUCAGAGAAGCAAUCACGGCUUCUCAGUCACCACUGGCAUGGCAGACAUUAGGUAAGAUCUACACUGAAUCCAUGAUGAUGGCUGCAGCAGAAGCUUGCUAUAAGCACUGUCUAUCUCUCAUCAGUGGUAGGAAGCAGAUCACUAUAUUACAUCAGUUAGCAUACCUUGCUAUCUUAGGCUUGAAGAUAGCGGAUGAUAGUGGUUCGUGGAGUGAGCUUGGUCAACAAAUGAUUGAUGAACUCAACAGACAGGCUCCUAAGGAAGCUAUGAGUCACUUACUGAAGGGAUUACUUUAUAAACAUCUAGGUAAUCAAGACAGGCAAUCAAGAAGGGAAUUUCAGCAUGGCAUGGAGAGCAACGGGAAGCCUGGGGGAGAAGACUACACCCGAUCUGUAAUAAGACUUCAAUUAGUAGAGGCUUUGAUGAAGAAGGAUAAGGAAGCUUCUAAGGCACUUGUAAAUGAAGCCUUGGAGAAACAGGAUCCCUUCAGUGAAAGACUACAGAUAAUGAUUUCAGCACUUUAAUUGUAGUUUUUGCAACCAUAACUUGAUACUUUGAUAGCUGAACUUACAAUUC